CAUUAAUCCGUCAGACGCCUCAUUCAUCGAGUUUCUCUGUUUUACAGCUAUGAAUUUCAUGCAUGUUUCUUAUCGACAUGAUGCUAUUUUGUAGUUAAGGGGAUAUAAGACAGCGGUUGUCAGUGUUUGUGUUGUGAGAGUGUCAUUAAUGUUCAACAUGAGGUUGAGUUCAUCUGUCUUUGCUUUACUCUGUCUCAUAUGUGAGGUUGUGAGCAUCGCUCUCUUCCUCAGAGGAUUCUUUCCUGUUCCUGUCAAAUCAUCCUUUUCAUCCAAAAGCAAAGUGUCUCACUUUCCUGCUGAGCCACUAACAGGAAGUGGAGUAAACUCCAGCAAAAUCCCUGGGCCGUUGUUCAGGCGGGUGGUGAUAGUUUUGAUUGACGCUCUUAGAGAAGACUUUGUGUUUGGUUCUGAUGGCCGCAGGUUUAUGCCCUACACCAGAAAUGUGGUGGAAAGAGGCUCGUCCCACAGCUUCAUCGCCAAAGCCAGAGCACCCACCGUCACCAUGCCCAGAAUUAAGGCCCUAACCACCGGCAGUAUUCCAGGUUUUAUAGAUGUGGUGAUGAACCUUAACUCUCCAGCCCUGUUGGAGGAUAAUCUCAUCUGGCAGGCCAAAACCGCUGGCAAGCGAAUCAUCUUUUAUGGUGAUGACACUUGGGUCCGGCUCUUCCCCAAACACUUCAUGGAGCAGGACGGAACGACAUCCUUCUUUGUCUCCGACUACAUGGAGGUGGAUAAUAAUGUGACCCGUCAUUUGGAUGACACUUUGAAGAGAGAUGACUGGGACAUUCUCAUCUUACACUAUCUGGGUCUGGAUCACAUUGGUCACAUUAGUGGACCACACAGCUCUCUGAUUGGACCAAAACUGGUAGAGAUGGAUGACAUCAUUAAGAAGAUACAUGCCUCCCUCAUAUCAAAGGAAUCUGAAGGGACGUUGCCCAACCUCCUGGUAUUGUGUGGAGAUCAUGGCAUGUCUGAAACCGGCAGCCAUGGCGGAUCAUCAGAACCAGAAAUCAACACGGCCCUCGUGCUCAUUAGCCCCGCAUUUAGGAGAAAAGCCGAAUUUGAGGAGCCGGGUGUUCUGGAGCAGGUGGAUCUGACGCCCACCCUGGCGCUGGGUCUGGGGUUGCCCAUCUCUCAGAACAGUGUGGGCCGUUUGAUUCCAGCCGUGUUUGAGGAGCUGUCAAUCAGAGAGCAGCUACGCUUUCUCCAGCUCAACGGGCACCAGCUCAGCCGUCUCCUGCAGGACAGCAAUCCUACCUUUCACAAGGAGGACGGUUAUGAAUUGUUUCGCGUGGCAGAGAAGUCUCACACCAGCUGGAUGAAGCUCUAUGUGGAUGGAAACACCUCGGAGGUUCUCAGUAACAUGGGCAAGAAGGUUCUCAAACAAUAUCUGGAUGCUCUGAAGGCCAUGAGCUCAGCUCUUAGCAAACAGCUGGGGAAAUAUGACAUGUACUCUAUGAUCAUGGGCAUGAUAUUCCUUCUUCAGAUUCUGGGUCUGCUGCUGUUGGCUAUGCCAGAGGCAUUGAGCAGAGAUGCAAUGGUCGAUGUCCCGUUGGCAGCGUCUUUGUUCUCGCUGCCCUUCUACCUGCUGUGUCUGCUCGGUGCCUCCCUGCACGUGCUGAUCUGCACCUCGGCCGGGGGUCUCUGUUACCUCUGCAGCCUACCUUGGGUCUUAGUGUUCACCGCUAUCCUCCUCUCCUCUGCCCUGAUGUGUGCUCUGGUUGCCAUGGCAGCAAGGAGGAUGCCCAACAGCAGCAGUAAGACUCCUACUAAGGGUUCAGAUUGGACUCUGUCAGAGUUGGAUGUUCUGUUGCUGGUCGGUACUGUGGGUCACACCUUCAGUUUGGGUUCCAGUAGUUUCAUUGAGGAGGAACAUCAGACCUGGUACUUCCUGCUCAACACUUUGUGCCUGGCAGUCUUCCAGGAUGUAUGCAGGAAGUACUUCAGAGAACGGAGACAUAGAGGUGAGGAAGAGGAGGAGGGUCCUCUGCUUCCCUCCACUGCUGAGGAAACAUUUUCUUCUCCUUCCUCUUUCUUCCCGGAGCUGGGGAUCAGCGUGGGGUCAGAGAAGUGGCUGGCACUGGCGACUCCGCUGCUGACCCUGGCCUGCUGUCGUCUACUGAGGUCACUGAAUCAGACCGGGGUGCAGUGGGCGCACCUGCCAGACUUCGGACACUGGCUGAACAGUGGAGAUCAUAAGAUGUUUCUCUCCGUGCUGGCGGCGCUCUCUCUGGCUCUGAUCUUCCUCCUCAUCCAGCGUCAUUGCUCUCUGGUGUCUAAGAUCGCCCUGGUGCUCGGCCUUCUCGGAGUUUACAGCUAUCGCGCCGCUGUCGGAAACGUCCUGUUCCCAUGGCAACACAGCAGCCGUGCUGUCUCCAAGGGAACCGUUGAGGCGCGAUUCGUCUAUGUCUUCGUCCUCGGGAUCCUCUUCACCGGCGUGAAGGACCUGUUGCGGGCGCAGCUGACGUCCUCGGCCGUGGACGGUGGGCGUUUGAAGAGCAGAGGAUUGUGGGAAGUGUACAGUGGCGUCGUUCUACUGGUGGCUCUGCUCUUCAGAGCUCAUAAUCUGCCCACGUUGGCCUGCUGUCUGCUCAUCCAGACCAUCAUGGCUCAAUUCAUCUGGAAGAAACUACAUUACGAUGCUGCACAGACCACCAUAAUGCACUACUGGUUUGGCCAGGCCUUCUUCUACUUCCAGGGGAACUCGAACAACAUCGGUACAGUGGACAUCUCUGUGGGGUUUGUGGGUCUUGAGAGUUAUGUUGAAGCACCUGCCAUCAUCCUCACAGUGUUGAGCACUUACGCUGGACCUCUGCUCUGGGCCUUUCACCUCCUCUGUUACCUCAGCUCAGAAAGAGACAGGGCUGUAAUGGGUCUCGGUCACGGUAGUUACUGCUUCGCUCUCCUGCGGUCCAUUCCUGCGGUGUUCUACGUGGUUCUGGUCAUCGCCCUCCGAUAUCACCUCUUUAUCUGGAGCGUGUUUUCUCCCAAACUCUUAUACGAGGCCAUGCACACCCUCGUCACUACAGCUGUGUGUCUGUGUUUCACAUUCAUGGAUCAGGACCGCUCCGCCCGACCUUGAGCACGUGCCCUGAAACCCAGAACCAAACUCGACCUCGGGUACAGAAAGGCAGAGGAGUUUUAGGAUUGGUGAAUGAAUGUUUCAGUGGAUGUUCAGUGUAUAAAAAUCACACCCUGAUGUGAAAGAGACGGUGGAAGAUGUGCAAACAUCACAGCUGAGAACUUGUGAAUCAGGUGAUGAAUAAGCCAUGAUGUUUUUACUGCUUUCCAUGUAUGUGAAUAAAUGAUAUUUUUAUUAGCAUUUUUGGGGGUAACUGAUUGCACAGAUAAUGGUGUAAGUAAAUAUGUUACUCCCUCUUUCUAUGCAGUUUUACAGAUAAAUGUAAAUCAUGUUUUACACUGACCGAUACUUCACCUCUGGAUUAAUAAUAAUAUUAAUAAUAAUAAUAUGAGACGUGUCAUUAAUAACUCUGUAGAUAGAAACGCACUUUGAAACUUGGAGAGAUCUUAAAACUCAUUUAAAUGAUAUCUAUCUAAACAUGACUAUGCAUGAUGACACGUUCAGUUAAUCUGCCCUUUGGAAAUGUGAACUAAUUUAUUUGAGUAAGUGCUUGUUCUUUAUCUUAGUGAACGGAUCUGAUUAAUAAUGAAACAAAUCAUUUUAAGCCUCAAAUUAAUAUAUGAUUUUUUAAAGUGUGACACAUUUGCCUCUUUGUUUAAAACAUUCAAAUCUAUAAUUUGAUGAAACUCUAAUUUUCUUUAGUUUUUUAGGGUUUGUUGGUGUAAACUGUAUGCAAAAAGUUAUUACAAUUUAUAUGGCUAUAUGUGAAAGCUCAGAUGCAAAAGCUACUAAAUGCCACCACUGCCAAAAAAUGAGAUAAUGAUAUAAAAUUAGAUAAUUUUUCUGCGUAACAAAGUCUGUUGACUCUGCCCUGUGAAUUCAUGUCACAUGUGACCAGUAGAAAACCAAUACGUCACGGCAUGACCUUUCGCUUUCCUUAAAACCAAAAAUGGAUAAAAACGCUCCAUGGCCGUAUGCAAACCAAUGUCUGAAAAAUAUUUGCAUGCUCAAAGUCUGGUGUGAGCAUCUCUUAAUCGCAGCCUCAAACCAUUCAGAAAUAAAAACCAUUCAGCCAUUAAAGUGAAAUUACUGAACAUGAGCCUGAUUAAAAUGCUCUUUUAAGAAAACACUUUUGCAUCUGAGCUCUUUAUAUAUUAAUCUUUAAACAAGGACAUUGUGACUCCAGACAUAACGCAGUAAAGCAUUAGCUGUUGUUAACUGUUGAGUCACUUGCUGCAUGACAUUUAUUGGUGGCUUGGUUUCAAUCUUCAGAUUUUACUGCAGUAUUUCCGCUUACAUUGACAGUAAAAUGAGUGGGUCUUGCCUACUUGCAACGGUGUAAGAAUCAAAUAAUGUCUACCGCAGUUGUACAGCCCUUUAGUGUAACUCAAACCCAUCAGAGCAUUAAUGCACCGCUCGACAUAAGCGCAACGCUCUGACCUUCACAUGAAAAGUGUUUAUGGGUGUUUAUUCAGCAUCACAGAAGGACUAGUUUAAUAUUUAAACUAUGCACUUAAAAAUCUAAUGUGAAUAAUACAGUAUAAUGAUUAUUCUUUACAUGUCAUGGUAUAGCUUUAACACUGUACAUACACACACUGUCUCAUCUUGUUAUCUGUGCACAGGCCACAAUGAUAUCAUUAUAUGUUUGUGGAAAAGACGUUAGCUCAUGUUUUCAUGUUCUGUUAAUAAAGGAGAUGUUAGGAUUUCUGCUUCCCACAUUGGUUGAGCAUUACUGGUGUACUUUUUAUCUAUAGGAGUUAAUUGUGUGACUGAGUUCCCUGCUGAACUGUCAGCGUCCUCCAGUAAUCUCUCUCACCGGACUGAACGCUUCAGUUUGACCUCUGGGAUGCUCUUCAGAUCCUCAGCUUUCAUCAAAAUACUGAGCCAGAAAAAGGAGGAGUGUAUGCGAAAAUACAGUUCAGAUUUAAAGACUGCUGAUUUUAUCACACGUAGUUUUCCGUCCCAAGGGCACAAAUGUGUACUACUGUAAGUCCAGUAAUAAUGUUUAUGUGACAUUUGAAUGAUCAACUUUUUAUUUUUACAGUUAUUGCCCAGUUAGUCAUUAUCAAAAUCAAACCAUGUAGGGAUAUUCAGGAGGUCUUGUUUUGUAACCCUAAUUUUACUGCUACAGUAUGUACAAUAUUACUGCAGUGUGACUUUUACAUCUUCUGUAAUGGGGUGUCUUUAGAAUUUAGGUAUAUGGUUUUUAUGUUUAUUUUUGUCUUGAUGUUGAGGGUGGUGUGAUAACCAGACCUCUAGAUUAUUAACCAGCUUUCACAAACCUUAUCUGAACUCCCUAUGAAACGUUGCAGGUUCGUUCUCAAACUCACUGGGUAAAAGACGAUCAAUAGCGACUGUGGGGUAAACUUUGUGCCUUGAUAGAUUUUUUUCCUGGUUUCACUGUAAACUAUUUUUCUUGGUUUUAUUGUGAACUUUUUUUCUUUCAUUUUUAAGAUUUUUCAUAGUGAAUUUUUUUUUAAUUUUGAUAGA